UACGCGUCGAAAACCAAGUGCCAUAUCAGUGAUAAAUUUGGCAAAAUAUUUCAGAAAAAAUAAACAGAAUCAUGUUGAAGUUUGUAGUUGUGAUUUGUGUCACGUUGCACAUUACAUUGGCUUAUCCAUAUUAUAAUCAUAAUGCUGGUGUCGGCGGUGGUAGUCACGCGUUGGAUACUGGUUUUGGAGGAGGCGUCAACCCAAAUGCUGGCGUAGGAGGAGGUUCUCAUCAUCUCGACCAAGGAUUUGGCGGUUCUGGUUUUGGAGGAAGUUACAAUCAGGCUGGAGUAGGUGGUGGAUCACACCACCAAGACGUCGGAUUCGGAGGAUCACGCUACCCCAAUUCUCAACCCGGAUUUGGUGGAUCUUUUUACCCUAACCAGCCAGGAGUCGGCGGUGGAUCGCAUCACCAAGACGCCGGCUUUGCAAACCAUCGCCCAUCCGGAACCGGAGCCGGCGCCGGAUUGCUGGGACCCCCUCCAGCUGUGCCAUCAUAUGGUUAAUAAAUAUAAUUGUAACAUAAGAAGUCUUUCACGUCAAAUCGCUUCCAUUUUAUUGUUAAAAUAUGUAUCUAAUUUGAAU